AUGAAGACUCUUUUAAAUUCUGCCUCGAUGGAUCUCAAGACAUUGAGAAAGUCCAAUAAACAUUGGAACUGUAGGGGAAGAAGGAGCGUGGCUAUAGCUGCUACGCUAUUACAGCAAAAUUCAAUUGUAGCAAUUCCAACGGAUACAGUGUAUGGUCUAGCUGGUGUCGUGUCCAAUAACGCGACUAUUCAAAUGCUAUACAACAUUAAGAGUCGCGAUACUAGCAAACCUUUAUCUAUUUCUGUUAGCAGCGUAAGCGACAUAAAAAUGUGGGGUAUUACGGAUCAUUUACCAGCAGAUUUAUUGCCAACAAUUUUACCUGGUCCAUAUACAGUUAUCUUAAAGCGGACUCCGGCGUUAAAUCCUGCUUUGAAUCCAGAUAUCGAUACAGUAGGCAUAAGAGUUCCAAAAUUUCACUUUAUAAACUGCGUUUCAAGAUUAACAGGACCUUUGGCGCUAACAAGCGCCAACGAAAGCAACGAACCAAGUUGUCUAUAUGCUUCGGAAUUCGAGAAGUUAUGGCCUUUGUUAGGUGGAAUAUUUUACGAUGGUACUAUUCAUGGCCGUUCGAAUGAACGUUUACGGAAAGGAUCAACGAUAGUUGAUUUAUCGCAACCAGGUUGUUACAAAAUCGUACGACGAGGGGUUGGAGCUCUGUCACUUUGUAUUACCUUAAAACAUUUCGGGUUAGAAAAAGACGAAUCUAAUUAG